AAAGAAUAUCGCCAACCUUCAGUUGAAAAAUUUCAAAGAAAUAAUAGGUUUUUUGAGUCAUCUAGCAUGUUAACUUCUGAACCUGCAACGUUUAAUGACUUAAUUGCAGCAUUAUAUAGGGAUGAAGAAUUGGAUAAAGUUACAGAGAAGGACGAA